AUGUUGAACAGAAAGUCCGACGACUAUGAUGCUCCUCUUGAUGGUCGUCCUGAUCUUGAUCAUCGUCUUCGUCCUGUUGUUGUUCGUGCUGGUGUUAGUGCUGGUUGUCUUCCUGCUCGUUCUUAUGCUUAUCUUGAUGGUGGUGAUUCUUCUGAUGAUGCUGAUUCUUAUUAUCUUGAUGUUGAUUCUUAUGAUCGUGAUGGUAUUUAUGUUGGUAAAGACUGA